GUUUGUUAUGGGAUCUUUGUUUUCGUCUCCUUGUGUAUGGUGAAAAUGUCAAAGUUCUCUUCUCAGUCACCAAGACUAAGUGGGCUACAGUGAAAUACUGUGAGCCUUAUAGUAGUAUUAAUGUCCUUAUGCUACAGUGAUUUGUUUUGAGAACAGCCCUGGCAUAUUGUAGGCCCUUUGCAUAGGUUGCUUUGCUCGUCAUAGCUGUAUUGAUGAUACAGUACGGAAAAGCAGAUAAACUCAAAGGAAUUGUAGAUUUAGUGAAGGAGAAAGGAAAUAAAGUGGUAGCAGAUAUUUCCUUUGGAAUUGCUAGUGUUAUAGAUGAUGUGGUUCCAUAUUUUACAACUCCAUCACAUCUCUUCACUCGUACAAUUCAGGUAACCAUGACACACACAUCAAAUGGACUGUGCUAUGUUCCUGAAAAUGAAAACCUUCCAGUGUGUGUUGAACAAGGGAGAGCGGUUACGGAAAAUCAACCAGCAAGAACAUCUGAAAUUGCUUUAAUGCAUACAAGUUUACUUCUAUCAACUCGGUCAACAUCUCACUUUCAUCAGUCAGAAUAUAUUCAAGGACAGCAUACUAUUGACACAAAUGAGAAAGUAAUGUCCACUCCAGUCUUGCAGUUUCCAGGAAAUGAUGUAGAUGCAAAAUUGGAAGGAUCUCAUCAUAGCCUGAGGCCAAUUCGUUUAUUGACUUUUGUCACAAAAACUCUGGGUGUCACAGUUGCUGGUACUAAUCCAACUGCAGCAUUAUUCAAAAUUUGUAGACCAUCUAACAUAGUCAUGUGUUCAGUACCUCUGUCAUCUAGCUUUGGUACUGCAGGUGCAUCAGAUUCCACAAAAAUGCAGAGCACCAAUACUCUACAGUCCACUACCUUUGCCACCAUUGAUGCACUCGAGUCCACUGCUUUUGCUUCCACCGACUCACCGGAGUCCACUGUCAUUGCUAUCACUGACACACCCACACCCAUCAACUUUGCUACCACCAAUGCACCUGAGUACACCAGCUUUGCUACCACCACUGAUGCUGCUGAGUACACCAGCUUUGCCACCACUGACACACCGGAGUCUGCUAACUUUGCUACCACAGACACACUCAAAUCCACCAGCUUUGUGACCACUGACACACCUGAGGCUACCACAGAUACACCUGUGUCCACCAGCUUUGCUACCACCAACACACCUACCAUCAACGCACCCGAGUCCACCAGCUUUGCUACCACCAACACACCUACCACCAACGCACCCGAGUCCACCAGCUUUGCUACCAUUGACACACCUCUCCACUGA